GGCCAUGUUCAAUGCCAGUCGACAUUUGUUGCCCGCACUUAAAACACGCUUUGUAUAAAUUCUAUAUUUAUUUAUAAGUUUUUUAAUCCGCCGCAAUGGCAUCCGCCUUCCUUAAGUUCAGUGCCAUAAUAUUGUUUCUCAGUUUUAAUGCUGGCUUAGCAGUAGACCAGCCCGUCACCGAAGUGUGUCUCGGCUGCCUCUGUCAAGCAGUAUCUGGCUGCAAGCAGGGUCUGCAGUGUGACGGCGACGCGUGCGGCCUCUUCCGCAUCACCUGGGCGUACUGGGCAGAUGCUGGAAAGCCGACCAUUGAUGGUAGCUCCCCUGAAGCACCUGGAGCUUACCCCACAUGCACUAACGACCCUGUAUGCGCUGCCAGAACUGUUCAGCUUUACAUGAACCGAUUUGGUCAGGACUGUAACGGCGAUGGUCAAAUCGACUGCUACGAUUAUGCAGCUAUCCACAAGUUGGGCGGCUACGGGUGCAAGGGAGAGUUGCCUUUCAAGUUCCAAAAUACUUUCAACCAGUGCCUAGCCUACGUUGCUUCUUAUCAGGGUUGAAGACACCACCGAAAUAUUAUAAAAGAAAAAUUGUUCUU